CACAAAAGAGAAAUGAAGAACCAUACAAAGCAGAUACAGUUUAUCCUUCUGGGACUGACAGAUAAUUCUCAGUUGCAGACUGUGAUUUUCUUAUUUCUACUUCUAAAUUACCUGUUGAGCAUGAUAGGAAACUUGCCCAUCAUUGCCCUCACGCUACUGGAUUCUCACCUCAAGACCCCAAUGUAUUUCUUCCUCUGUAAUUUCUCUUUCCUGGAAAUUUCAUUCACAAGUGCUUGUAUCCCCAGAUUCCUAAUCACCACUGUAACCAGAGAAAAGACCAUUUCCUAUAAUGAUUGUAUAUCUCAGUUAUUUUUCUACAUAUUAUUGGGGAUUAUGGAGUUUUUCCUUCUGGCAGCUAUGUCCUACGACCGCUAUGUUGCCAUCUGUAAACCUUUGCAUUAUACAUCUAUCAUGAGCCGCAGAAUUUGUCAUCAGCUUGUACUCAGUUCUUGGGCACCUGCAUUCCUGAUCAUUUUCCCUCCACUGAUUUGGGGUCUUAACCUGGAUUUCUGUGGCUCAAAUAUCAUUGAUCAUUUCAUUUGUGACAUUUCUCCUGUCCUGCAACUUUCUUGCUCAGACACACAUUUACUAGAACUGAUUGCUUUUUUUUUUUUAGCUGUGAUGAUCCUCAUUGUCACAUUGUUUUUAGUAGUCCUUUUUUACUCUUACAUCAUGAAGACAAUUCUAAAAUUCCCUUCAAUUCAGCAAAAGAAAAAAGCCUUCUCUACCUGCUCCUCUCACAUGAUUGUUGUAUCCAUCACUUAUGGUAGUUGUAUAUUCAUGUACAUAAAGCCAUCUGCAAAUGAAAGAGUCACUACAAGCAAAGGAGUAGCUGUGCUCAAUACUUCAGUU